UUCUGUUGUUGAUCUUUUUUAAGACUAAAUAUAAAAGUCUUCUCAUAUUAAAUGAAAGGCUUCAGUGAUGGUUGUUAUGUCCUACAGAACCAGUGAUGGUUGUUAUGUCCUACAGAACCAGUGAUGGUUGUUAUGUCCUACAGAACCAGUGAUGGUUGUUAUGUCCCUACAGAACCAGUGAUGGUUGUUAUGUCCUACAGAACCAGUGAUGGUUGUUAUGUCCUACAGAACCAGUGAUGGUUGUUAUGUCCUACAGAACCAGUGAUGGUUGUUAUGUCCUACAGAACCAGUGAUGGUUGUUAUGUCCUACAGAACCAGUGAUGGUUGUUAUGUCCCUACAGAACCAGUGAUGGUUGUUAUGUCCUACAGAACCAGUGAUGGUUGUUAUGUCCCUACAGAACCAGCAUUUUAUCUCAGCACAUGGAACAAAUAUAAUAAAGAUCUUAUUUUUGGCUUUUUAAAAAUCUUCCUUCUUUAUACUUCUUCUCUUUUGCAAUAGUUGAAGGUUCCUGGUGUCCCUGAUUAGAGAAGGUGGGUUCUGUUGUAUGUUUAUCAUGCUGUGAUGCCCCCUGCUGGUGAGUCAGUGCAGUGCAGCUUGGUGUGUGUGAGAGCUUCAUGAACAUUUACAUGUAAAAUUAUUCUUGAUGAGUGAUAAUGUUAUUAUUUAUUCCUCUACAGCUUCAGUGAGGCUUCAGUCUUCAUUUCCUUUCUCUUUAUCUACCUUUUGUGCUGGAUGGCUAGAGGUCGCUGGUUUUGGAGAUUCUGCACCUGUCCACCAGGGGGCAGCAGUGUAAACAAAUACACCCGGUUUUUCUGUUGCUUUUAUAUAUAUUUUUUCUUUUGCAUGUAUGUUUUUUUUCUUGGCGGUUCGUUCAUAUAUAUUUUUAUUUUAUUUUAAUUGAAACGUUUUAUAUAAAUGUUUUAAUUAUCUACUUUCAACGGUGUCUCUUAUUAUGGGAUGGUGAAAUGGACCCACAUACUAGCUCACAGGUAAACUGAUCCAUCACCGCCUCAUGUUGCCAUGACAACAUCUCUCUAUCCGUCUCUUUUUACUUCUUCCUGAAGAGAGCAGCUCUCGUGGUUAAUGAUGACGUCAUUACUUUCAUUAUUUUAUUAUCCACAGUAACUUUCAGAUACAUGUGAAUUACUGAUGUUGUGACAGUGUCUGAGUCUCUAUCCACCUCUCUGAUGUUAAACACACUCCGGGGGUCUGGAGGGUCUCUUUACACCUCAAACCACGGAAAACUCAACUGCGUUGCCAUUGGCUGCCCCUGUAGGCUCCGCCCCUGUGUACAUGCAGCUGUGGUUCAUGGUGUUGAUGGCAGCUGUGGCUUUGAUCCUGUUCGGGAUUUCUUUGGGUGUCGGUCUGCACAGAGCUCUGUCCCGCCCACCGUAUGCCCGGGAACGCCCCCCUCUCAUCCCCUUGCCCCUGCAGCCCCGCAGCCCACGGGGCAUUUACCCCCCCAGCAACGCCUACCUGUUCGAUACGAUUCCGGAUGCGACCAGUUCACCGAACACCAUCACACUAAAAGCCUUCACCAUGCGCAUGGAGGAAGUGAUUGACAGUAAAAUGGUCGGAAACGGUGAUGGUGCAGCUGAGGGUCAGAUAGGCGUCGUUACUGUCUCAGCUGUCCACAUGGAGUCUCAAGAUAUUACCCAGAAUCCUCUGCGGCGCAGCGUGAGCCAGCUGAUUGACCGGAAAGUGGGGGAGGGGCAGGAUGACACGUGGGAUCCUCAUUUCAGAGCUCAUGACAGCGGAAUGGUGAGAAUCCCAGUUUAACAUUCGAUGAGGAGUUUGUGGACACCAUUAAAGGUUUCAGCACCGUGAGGAAAGAGCACACCAUGUUCACCGACACCAACCUCUGACCCCUGAGCACGUGGGCCAGCGUUCAGAGUCGCAGGGGUAAAGAACAUCAUCAACACCACGGAGAGUGACACCAGCACACGGACACGCCGUCUCGGCCAAUCAGUGCGGGAGGAGAUGCGGAGGCGGGAUCACGCGGUGCGAUGGUCAGGUUCAGAGGAUCUGAGGAUUUAAUUGAACUAAUAACCUCCUGUUAAAGAGGCUCUGUGUGUAUUAGUGUAAUAACGUCUUCAUGUUUAAUAGUAAAAUAAAGUUUGGUUGAUUUUAGUGCAGCAUGUUCACGUUAGUCCUGUUAAAGAGUUAGCUAGAAAUGCUAAUGUGUUCUUUUUAAACAAACAAAUCAAUAAAAAAUAAUCUACAGAACAAUUUUUUAGCACUUUAGCGUUUAUUCCAAAUGAAUCAUGAGGCAUAAAAGCGUAUGUACAGUUACAGAGCAUGAGCUGGUUAUAAAACUAAAGACACGAAUCAUUAUGAGGUAAAAAGCUGCUGUAGAAAUAACUCCAUGUAUAAAAUAUCAGGCAGUUACAAAAAAAACA